AUGCCCAAGGGCACAAAGUCGUCUGCAUCUUCAGGCACACGCAAGAAGCAUGCCAAGAAGGCAGCCAAGGGCGAUGCUGGUUCAGAGCAGCAGAACCAGCAGCAGCAAGGACAAAACAAAAAGUCGAAAAAGUUGACCAAGGCGGAGAAAAAGGCAAAGGUCAAGCAAUACAUUCCUCCUCCAAAGCCGCCAGCGCCUGCCAUACCAGAUCCGCUAGACUCUCAGGGAUUGGCUCAUACGCUUCCUCCGGAGCUAGUCGUUAUUCUCCGCAGGAUAGGCAAGAAGGACGCCGUGACGAAGCGAAAGGGAUUGGACGAGCUCCGAGAGCAAUGGCUGACUCCACCACCGUCGACGACAUCAGAGCAUGAAGAGGAAGAUGAGAUUGAGCGGGAGAUCAAGGAAGCAGCUCUAGCCACCGCCAUCCCUGUCUGGCUGCAUAAUCUUGCACAACUGCUCCAAUCCCCCUCGCAUCGCACUUCAGCACUUCAAAUUCAGCAAGCUCUGUUGAAUCGACCGUCUACCCGAAAUCUCAUCCUAGACUCUUUCAAUCUCUCCCUUCUCCCGGGGAAUCAAACGCGAGACACUUUAGGCUCCUGGCUGGUAGCAGCGGUGGAGGAACGGCGAAGGGCGGGAGGGGCAAGCUAUACUUGCUGGAUGGACAGUACAUCAUUCGGACCGCAAGAUGAUCGCCUGGAUUUGACACCUCACCUGGACUCUCUAGCAGACUAUCUAGAACUCUCGAUCGCUGACCCAGCAUCUUUGAACGACAGUAUCUUCCCUUCUCCCAUUGAGAAGGUUCCCAUCGGAUCAGAAGAGGAGGCCUGGUUUAGAGUCGGAGGAUUGACCGGUCUCACCUGGCUUCUCACAACAGCUGAACCCUCCACUCGCCUUCUUGACCUCCUCAGAGGGGACAUCUGGUCGACAUUAUCACCUGUUGAACCAUCACUUGGUUCGGGCCAGCCGUCCGUCCGUAGAGCAGCGUAUGCCCUCUUGGACACCGUGCCGGACGAUUGCCUUCCUCAAGACCUGCUGUCGUUUUGCUGGAGAGAAGCCGAAGGGACUGUCUUCGACAUAGCUGGCCCAGUCAUUGCCAAAUUGCUUCGUCGACAUCCAGAUUGGUGGGAACAAGACGAAGACGAGGACGACGAAGAAGAAGAAGAUACGGGAUCGCCAUUUUCCGACUUUCUUCAAUUCGUCGCGAGUGUUUGUCCCUCCGUCCCCCAUGUCACAUACCCCCUUCUCCUUGUCGCCGUCUCCACCAUGUCAUCGGACAUCCUUCCGCUAGACCUGGACGACAAUGCUCUUCCUUCCUUCUUCUCACAUCUUUGGUCACCUGUCGACGCCCGGCUACUGUCCACACACUCUUUACCCAACCAAACGUCUGCGCUGCAGACAUUCCUUCAGGCCGCUCUAGACUGCAUCGCCCUGCUGCUCAAAAGAGCCAUCAAAGAGGAGGACACUGAUAUUGCUGAAUGGCUUGUAGAGACACAGCUCUGCGAUCGAGCUUGGAGGCAGUGCGUGUUGGAAUUCGGCGGCAAGUCUGCAAGAGCACGGACGCCUCCCGGCGAGAACGAAGCUGUAGCUUUCGCAUCUGCUGCAACUCGAGUCAAAGCGAUCUCCUCUGACCUCUACGCCACGUUGCUGGAGUCAAUUACAUCUACUUUGGUCUCAAAGUGCUUUGGUGAAGAUCGAGAUACUCGGCUGCUUCCGCGAGCAGUCAUCCUUUUGGACACACUGGACACUGCCGGGUCGGAGGACAGUGUACGCAUCGUUGAUGUGGCAUUGGAAAGACUCGUCCAAGCAAGUUUGGAUGAAAUGCGUAACACCGACACAGAUCCCAAGACCGGUCUGGUCCUAGUCUCUGACAUUGUUCGCGAACACAGUGAUGCUUUGCAGGACGAGACGAUAGAUCAAAUCUAUGAGCUCUGCGGAAAGGAUGCCCUAGUACAGUCAGCUCCAAAUCAGCUACUCGACCUGUUGCGAACUUUGGAGAAUUCCUCCCCAUCGGCCAAGUCUGACAAAGCCCGUCAGGUUGUGCAAAAUAUCGUGUCCUCGCCAACUCUGUCCACAGAGACGCGUUUCUCCUUCGUAGCGGCAGCUUUGCAGCUGCAAUACCUUUCAUUGUUCCCCGAGGACGCCAUCGGAGAUCUCGCAGAAGAGGGUGUACAACAUGCGAUACUGGGCGAUCAACGCGCGGCUGUAUUGGUGGCGCAGUGCAUCCGAGACGGGACAUUGCCUCAGUCGAACCUGGACACUGUGCUCUCCCUGUGCAGCACGGCCAUCCAGGAUGCAGCCAGAGACUUCUCUGCGGGAAACGCUGCAUCAGCUUCUCUGCAACCCAGUGCGCUCAUAUUCUAUUCCUAUGCCAGAGAUCACCUCCAGCCCAUCAUCGACAGCGACGUAUUCUUGACUGCUCUCGUCGAUCUCUACCUGCUCCAUGGCCUGUCAGCCGUCGCCUUUGAUCAGACGGUCUCGAGCAUGCUGGACGAACAAUUGCCUCUCGCACCGUCGAAGUUCCAGGCAACAUUGAGGGAGGCAAUGUCACAGCAAUUGACUGAUAUUUCUAAUUCUGUCAAUCUGCUUCCGACACCGGACGUCAUUCGUGGUCUUCUUGACAGCCUCAUCGCUCAGUCGGCCGACCCGACUCUGCCGAUCAUUGACCCCCUUGCUCCAUACACCGGCGAGUCCAUCUCACCGGAUGGGCUAUUCGAUUCCACCGGUCUUUCUAAGUGCGCCCGAGUGCUUCAAAGUAUUCUAGCAUUAUUCCGAGAGGACCGCAACCUUCCGAGCCGGGAGCCAAUCCUGCUCUCAGCUUGCCUUCUGGGUCACAUACUCGCCAGGGACGGCUUAUCGGUCAAUGGUGGCUCAAGAGGCCUUGCAUCUUCGACAGAUUCGCUCGAAACCUUCGUGAGAGAGGCUGAGACGAUCCUCUCCUCCGUUUUCGCCACAAUACAAGAGCCCACUUCAGCCUGGCAUAAGCAGACGAUAGUCCUGGUCAAGUCUGACGGGACGGGAUCUCAAAGUGACUGGAUCCAAUCGACCUUGGCUGAUCUGCUGCAAUCAUGGUCUCGAACAGGUAGCGAUGUGAGCCUUCGUGCUGUUCACCUUGUCUUGACCCGCAUUCUGGGCAAUGAGAGAGCUACGGAAGCAGACAGUGCUGCCUGGUUGGACCUGGCGAUGACAUUGAGUACUAAGAAGCCUGACUUGGCGUCUACUAUCAUCCUUGCCAUCAAGGGAAAUCUAGAAGAUUCACAAGCUAUCUCCACUGCUCGGAACAGGCUGGCAAAUAGCAUCACGGGCAUCAAGGCGAAAGAUAUAGGAGUGACUGGCUUGCCCGCUUUACGGCUCCUGCUCGCCUCGGCACCGCUGCCCGAUUCCACUUCAGACUUCAUCCCUCAACAAAGAGCCAUCUUCGUCCUUCGUCACGUCUCUGGUUGGCUCACUGACGACGAUGCCGAAGACUUGCCCGAGGAGACGGAAUUCAGACUGGCAGAAUUGUUCAAUGCUCUGGGACCCGUCGUACAGGAUGUACCUGGCCAACACUGGGAUGCCAUCUUUGACCUUCUUGAGAACGGACUGGAGUCAUCUCUGUGCUACCUUUGUGGUUGUCUCGUUCUGCUGCGAACCGUCAGGGAUCUGUGUGCGACGAACAAAUCCUUACGAGCUGCAUGGACCAACCGAGACGUGCUGUCAAAGCAGGUCCUAAAGUUAUUCACCCAGUGUCGUAAUGAUUCAUCUGAGCCAAUGAAACGCAUUCAGGCUCUUCUUCUGGAUCUGGUCAUGGGAAUAGACGAGGCUCAAGACAGUGUCUCUAGCGGUCUCGUCUCCGAGUUGACGAUUUCUCAAUUAAGCCACCUGCUUCUCUUGUCUACCAAUUGGGGGAUCCAGACCAUGGCAUAUCGCCUUCUGAGUCAAGUGAUUCGCCGUGAAACGCUCGCUCUUGUUCUGAAAGUGGAGGCCACGAUAGGAGAUGAAGCGGCGGAGGAAACGCAGAGCAUUCAACUUCCAGCCAGCCUGAUCAAAAUCCUGGAGGAUGGUGCGAGUAUCGACUGGCAGGAUCCACAAAUCCCUCAAGUCGUGACGCAGAUCUUGGCUUGGAUGGCUAUCUUAGAUCAUUUCGACGAUGCUUCUCGAACGAUCAGAUCAGCGUAUAUGGAUCAAUUGAGAUCUGGUAGUUUGAUCGAGCGAUCCCUCCUCAGUAUGCUCUUCCAAAUGAUGGGAGUGUCGCAAGUUGGAGCUUGGAAUUUCCCUGCCGGUCAGUUCGCAGUGGACGAAUUCUAUCCUGAGCUCUUGGAGCCUGAGGAGCUCGCUGACUUGACCCCCUUCGCGUCCUACCUGUUCUACCGUACGCUGAUCUCGGUGCCGUCCAUCUUGAGAGAGAUUCACGAAGGCAUCAAGGAUCGACAGCUAUCCUUGUCCAUGCUCAAUUUUACUGCUCGAUACUAUUCGCCUGUCAUUAUUCAGAAGGAGUUUGCGGCCCUCAGGCAACCUGCCACGAUCUCUCAACUCUCUGCGGAAGGUCUGACAGUUCGAGUCGCUCAAGCUGGAACGGGAUCCGCAGAAGCGAUCGCGAGCUACGUCGUGGACGAGCAACCGAUGGAGAUUGGGAUUCGAUUACCUGCGGAAUUCCCGCUGCGGGGCGUGGAUGUGCGUGAUCUGAGGCGUGUCGGCGUUCCAGAGAACAAAUGGCGAGGCUGGUUGAUGAGCGUCCAGCAGACCAUUACCUCGAGGAACGGUCUCAUACUCGAAGCGCUGACAGUGUUCAAACGCAACGUCAGCCUGCACUUCGAGGGUGUCGUAGAGUGUGCCAUCUGCUAUUCUAUCAUCUCCUUAACCGAUCGUACUUUACCCACCAAACCCUGCCGAACGUGCAAGAACCGCUUCCACGCUUCGUGCCUGUUCAAAUGGUUCAACUCGUCUCACUCUUCCAGUUGCCCGCUGUGUCGUACAUUGUUCUAG